AUGGACGGCUCACCAAAUUUCUUCCGCAACAGCAUCCCAGACGACGAAGACGGCGGCUACGAUUUCUUCGACGGACAGGACGUGAAAGACCCAGACGGGGACGGCCAAGACACCUCGUUUCAUGCUGACCUAGACGCGCCCUCUAUCAACCUGUCGUCGUCGGCCCAAACCCGCCUGCCGACUCCUCCGCUCAUGGACUCGCUAUCCGCUCGGGCGCCUAUGAAACCCGCAGAUCACAUUGCGAUAAGCCAACUGGAACCGCUCCACCACGACCCGGUCAAGGCUGAGCUUCCGGGGCUGUCGAGUGGUUCGUCGGAAACUCCAGAAUCGCACUCGUCGCGGCAGACCACGGAGGAGGAUGCGCCGACCCAUGCCGACAAUAACGCCCAGGAUGCUCUCGGAAACCACGACGUGCCGUUGUCGGGCCCCCCCGUCGCGAAAAAGAGGAGACAGCGGAAGGCGCAGGCGAAACCUGGCGUCGACUCGGAGAUCGAGACUACCAAGCGAAACCGAUUUCUGGAGAGAAAUCGCGUGGCCGCCACCAAGUGCCGUCAGAAGAAAAAGGAGUGGGUGUCGGACCUCGAGGAGACGAGAUUCGGCCUAGAAAGCCAGAACACCCAGCUUCAGAUGGAGUAUAGCAGCCUGAGGAACGAGAUCAGCCAUAUCAAGUCGCAACUCAUGGAGCACGCUAGCUGCAACGACCCCAACAUCGAUAAAUGGAUCGAGAACGAGGCCAAGCGGUUCGUCCUGGGGGCCAGCGAGCGGUACGAUCAGACGCUGGCUACCAUGGGUGUCGCACCUGGGAUGGUUACCCGACAGGAUAGCAUGUCCUCCGCCUCUGGGUUCGCGGCGGCCCCGGGCUCGGGGCUCAUCAGUCCGGUGACACCGUCCCAGCGCGGCAGCAUAUCGUUCUUCCCCGAGACGAUGGUGGGGAACUCGCCCGUCUUCUACCGCUCGGACCUGGCGCCGAACAUGCCCGACGGCACAGCCUCCGUUGUCAUGGACGAGGCCUACCCGACGGGCCCGAUGGGGGGCCACAUGCACGAAGAUGGCGCCCACUUCGAUGCCAUGCACAUGGCCGAAGGCGUAUUUCACGACUCCGCGGUUACUAAAGGCUGA